AUGUAGGGAGAGGGCGAGUCCCUCCCCCACUUAUGUGUACUCUCUUACACUUUAACGCAUUGCGCAUGCUUUUCAGUGAGUCUGUAUUAUCGGCAUGACAGAUUUCCUAACCUUAAGCGUGUUAUUUUUCAAAUUUUUGUAACUUUUGAUCCGUUUGAGAGCGACACUUUUUUCUUACAAAAUCGCGUUCUAUGCACCAAAAUACACAACUGUGCAAAGUUUGAGUGAAAUCCAAGAUAUAUUUACCUCUCUGUAUUAACUUUUGGAUGUAUAAAACACAAUGACUGAAGAAAGUAGUCAGAUGAAGGAAUCCAAGCAAGAUGAUAUUCCUGCUACUGCUAGAGCAAUUAAAAUAACAAAUAUACAAAAUCCAUAUAUUAUGAGAGCUUAUGAUAUUGUACAAAGGGAGAAGAAAAUCAACAAAAUUGACGCACAACUAUGUGCUUUUACUAAAAAACAGACUUUAUCUAUGAAGAACAAUACAGAACAUCUCAAUGUUGAUGAUAUGGUUUUUAUACAAAGUAGUAAUCAUAAAACUGGUAUGGCAGAAUUACCAUCCUAUCUUUGUCGUGGUUUAAUAACUUAUAUUAAAAAAGAAAGUGGAAUAUAUAAUGUUCUUUUAGUAGAUCAUGGGAUUAGUAUUGAGCUAAAUAGAGAUGAAAUUUAUAAAGUUCCAAAAGAUUUUAUUCGUGAAGAACAUUUAACAAAAACUGUUGGUAUAUAUAAUAUAUUGCCAAUCUAUAUGAGGAAAAACGUUGCAAAUGGAUAUUCUUCUUUAAAUAAAUGUAAAACUAAAGCAAUUAUUGUAGAAGAAUGGGGCGAAGAAGCGAUUCAGUUUGCAAAGAAUCUUUUGGUAGCAUCUGAAGCUGUAUAUUUCGACCAUAUAGUUACAGAUAAAAAGAAUGGGAGAGAAUAUGGGGAAUUUUAUCUUAUCAUCGAUGACCUUAUUAUAUCAUUAAGUGAAGCUUUAGUGGUAAAUUACUAUGCAACUUAUUUGGAAGGAGAUUUAUUGAAACUUAUUGAAUCUCCAAGUAAUGCAGAAGAUGAAACAAAUACUGAGGAAGAUAUUAUUAUACAUGCAAAGUUCUCAACAAAUCGACCAAGGAAUGCAGGACUUGCCAAACAAAUUACAAAACAUUGUACCAUCAGACAUGUUGAAAAGAUUUUAAUACAAAGUAGUAAGAAUUGUAGAGUUUUGGUUGAUGUUACUGAUCUUAGUCUUCCUAAAGGUGUACAUAAGGGUUGGGAUGAGUAUAUCAAUUCCACAAGACCAAGAAAAAUUCAAUCUUAUAUGUGGCCAGCUAUAAAGAAUGGAUUAAAUGUUGUCGCUAUUGGAUCAUCACAAUGUGGUAAAACUGCUGGAUGUGUAAUGGCCAUUUGCGGUCUAGUAGUUAUGCAUCAAAAAAUGACGUCAUAUAACGCUACCCACCCUUUAGCAUUAAUUUUAUGCUCAUCUUCCUUCGAAGUAAUCAAUGUUCAUUCACUGUGUUCAGGAUUUUUGCAAUAUUAUGAUAAUAUAAAAUCUGUAGCGGCGUUUAAUGGUAAAACGCAUCGAUUGGUAUCGGCGUUAAUAUAUAAUGGUUGCCAAAUCUUAAUAACUACACCGCGCUAUUUAGCACGAUUUUUGAAUGAUAAUAACAAUUUACUAUCAUUCGACAAACUUUCUUAUCUACUUUUUGAUAAUGCUGAUAUAAUUUUGGAUAAGUAUUAUAAAACGAUAGGAGAACUAUUCCAAAAACAUAAAAUAAUUGAAAACCGUGACCCAGAAUGUGCCAAUAGACCAAUGUUGCAAAUAAUUUUAUCAGCAACGAAAUGGACAUCUAACAUUAAGAAAUUUGUAUCCCUGGUGAUGUACGAUUCGUUCAUAUGCAUUGCGUCAUUUAUAGAAGCUGUCGUCUUUAAAUCUCUCCGUCCAAAGCUUUAUAUUCUGAAGUCAAUAUAUAAAAAUCAGAAAAUAUUAGAGAUAUUAGGGGAUGAGUAUACUCUGUUGAGGACUAUGGUAAUAUGUAUAAACGCUGAAGAGGCUGAACAGUUAAAUGCAUGUUUAAUUCCAACAAAAAAUACUAUAUUGAUUCAUGAAAAUAUGAAAUUGUUGGAUAUACUAGCUUUGCGAGAAAUUUGGGACACAUGUAUACGUGGUUUAUAUCCAGUAUUAAUAUGCACCGAUGCAAUUCUGUCUCAGCUUAAUUGUACCAAUAUUCAGUGGUUGAUACAUCAUUCUGUAUUGUUGACGUUUAAAAAUCAGUUUAAUUAUAGAUUCUCUGUACUUUUGGAUAAUCUGGCACAGGAUACCACGAAAUGUAAAGUUAGUAUAAUUAUUGAUGAGCAUAAUAACUUACAAUUUCAAAGUAUAAUGAGAAUAAUGCAAAGAAUGAAUGUCAUAAUACCUUCUAAUAUGGAAGAAAAUAUCGAGCGUAUCGCACUUACAUUAGAAAGAAGUAAGAAGAAUCACGAUAUAUGUGAUAAUGUAAAGUCGUUGGGCCUAUGUCCGGAUGAAAGUGUUUGCGUGUUCAGACACUGUAUACUCUCUGAUGUCGAUGCGCCAAUGACAAAUAUACAGAUAAACGAUACGGUGAAAUUGAUGGUAUUGUAUAUUCACGACACGACGCAUUUCUCCGCGAGAUUAAUCGAACAUAUUCCACACCUGAGUAAUUCAAAGAAAAUACCAUUUUCUAAUGUGGAAUACAUGCAGAUUACACAGAAGAUUCAAGAAUAUUAUCAAAAUAUCGAAAAUAGGAAAAUAUGUACCUCAACAAACGUGGGUGAUAUUUGCGUUCUAGAGGGACCUAUAGACGCAUUCAAAAGAGUACAAAUUAGACGCAUUAGAUAUGAUAGAGACACUUCGGAGGAAGCAAAGUUUGUAGAUGUGAGGUGUAUCGACACUGGCCUUGUACAUGAAUGUGUUGAUAUACGUAAAUUAAUUCAUAUUCCGACAGAAUUACUCAAUCUUCCAACGCAUAUUGUAGAAAUAUUUAUAGCCGACGUAGUGCCAUAUGACGAGGAAUAUACUUGGAAUCAUUAUGCUACUGAUGCAGUUCAUAAGUGGUUUAAAGAAAAUGUCGACAGUAGAUCUUAUAUUACUGGAAAGGUUCGCCUUCAUCUCGGGAAUACAAUAUGGUUAGACGACAUCGUAACCGGCACAAAGAUACUUAAUCAUAAAGAUCUUAUAGGAUUUUCUCUGAAAGAUAGCCUAGAAAAAGAAAAUCAUGCGAUUCUGAACGACAAUCACAUGUUACAUCUAUUAAAACUCUGUAAAAAAAGUGGCUUGUCAAAAAUUAACGGAUAUCAUAUAGACGCCGUGUGCAAGUGAAUCUUAGUUCCUCACUUUUUGAUCUUUAUAAUAUAUUUGAUGCACAUAAAUAUGCUAAAAAAUUUAUCAAUUUUGGAAGAAAAUUUUUUUAUACAUUUAUACAGAAUAUGAAAAUAUUCCAAGACGGCGAUAUACCUUGAAAAAAACCUCGAAAAAAGAAUGUUUUAUACAAAAUAUUUCAGAUAAAAGCUGCACAGCUUAAAAAAAUCUAUUAACUUUAUCAGUAUAGCCUUGGAUGAUGUCACCAAUGCCAGGCUAAAAUUACUUUGAAUUUUUUAUAAAUAGCAUCCUCUAUUCUUUGUCACGUUUUGAUACUCAAGUUGAUAAGACCAAUGAAUAGAUGUUUUUUUAAGUACAACUU